AUGACGCGCGAACCUACACUGACCGGCCGCGUCUCAUCCAGAGCGGACCCCGAGCCCGACAUGUCCUCCGACAACGAAGACCAAGCCACCGGCGGGCGCAAGCCGCAGCCGAACCAAGAGCUGCAGAAGCAACCGCCGCAGACCCAGCAAGCCAACCGCAACCAAUCCGCCCCCUCGAACCAAGACCAAGGUCUGCAGCAGCAAAACGAAGCGCUGCAGCAACAACUCAUGGCCCUGCGCCAGCAGCAGUCCCAGCAACCCGAGGUCAAGGGCGGCCGCAUCGCCCCCGUCCGGCAGUCGCGCAUCCUGGACCGGGCGCCGAGCGAGGGGGCGAAGAACUCGAGCCUGAAGAUCCAGAUCGAGUUGGACCUGGAGGUGGAGCUUUACACCAAGCCUGAACAGUACAUCAGGAUCCGCAGCCCGAAACGAGUAGAUGAAACGCCUUUUGACAAAAGGCGAUCGGGCUCGCUCUGGUCCACACCAGAGAUCAACUGGCUGGGCAUCCUCGUUCAAGACGAUUCUCCUAUCGAUGAGGUCUUCUCUCCAACAACCAAGCUGUCUGGAAAGAUUGUUCAAUACAUGGCGGGAUGA